UAAAGCAGUGGGACGGCUUUAAAAAGCAGUGACACACGCGCUCACACACACACUCACACACACCCAUCCAGAGAGCGGCAGAGAUUUUCUACCUGAACCAUGGGUGUCACCAUCUCUCAACUCUUCUCCAGGUUCAUGUCCAAGACUCCAGUCAGGAUUCUAAUGGUGGGUCUGGAUGCGGCUGGUAAAACCACCCUGCUGUACAAACUGAAGCUGUCUGAGGUCGUCACCACCAUCCCGACCAUCGGCUUUAAUGUGGAGACGGUGGAGUACAGGAACAUCAGUUUCACAGUCUGGGACGUUGGUGGUCAGACCAUCAUCAGACCGCUGUGGAGACAUUACUACACCAACACACAGGGUUUGAUCUUCGUGGUGGACAGCAGCGAUAAGGAGAGGAUGAAAGAAGCUGCGGACGAGCUGCACAGAAUUUUGGAAGAUGACAUGCUGAGGGGCGUGGCCCUGCUGGUGUUCGCCAACAAACAGGAUAUGCCCGGAGCCGUGUCAGUCAGUGACGUCACGGAGGCUCUCGGCCUAUCAGGAGUCUCACGGCCGUGGUUCGUCCAGGCGUCCUGCGCCGUCACGGGCUCCGGCCUGACUGAAGGCCUGGACUGGCUCUCAGACCAGAUCCGGUAGAGGAAUCCGCCUGCUCCUGCUCUCCUGCGGGGUCCCUGAACGCACCAUCACACCUCUGCAGAUUUCAUCUGAUUUUCAAACAUGUUUAAUGGUGAUUGGAAACACUGAGCUUUGCCUUUUUAAAGGGCCUGAUAUUUACAUUUAUUGUUCAUAACAAGUUUGUGUUGAAUAUUUGAGUGUUUUUCACUUUUGUAUAUAAAUCUUUAUGAGAAUGUGUAUUAUUUUAAAAUAAAGA